ACAAGCAAGCACAACAAAAAUUUGUGCAUUCGUUUUGCCGCAUCGGAAAAUUGUGCGCUUUAUUUUGCUUGGACAAUAGCUAUUUUCGAAGUGUUCCGACAAAAAACAAUAGAAAGUCUGUUAAAUACGCGUUUUCGUUUGUAGGGAACAUAUUUUCCUACAUGGAGUCGUGAGUUUUACCUCAUAUUGUAAAGCCGGCUUCUGGUGAGCUAGUGGCGUGGCGCGUAGUCUGAGCUGGGAGUUGUACAAAAAAGCCGGGUGUGAAUUAGGAGCAAAAAGAGUCUUAAACUCGUACGUUUUUAUAGAAAAUGUGCCAAAUGUGUAGUGCAGGGAAGUUGAUGGUGAAAUUGUAUGGGAAAAUGAUGAAUUAUACAGUUUUCUAUUGCUGUACCAACUAGGGCGAGAAGAGCAUUCGUGGUUAAGAUGUGAAUAUCACGCUUAGUGCCAAGAACGAGAAUCACAUUACGGACAGCGUUGGUAUUCGCUAGAAGAAUACACCGGAAGCGGAAAGAGCAGGCCCGGUACGGGAAGAAACAUUAUUAGCAACCCUCAAAAUGUGGCACGAAGCGCGAAAACAGGAAAAGAAGAUCCGAGGCAUGCUGGUCGAUUAUCGGAAGCGGGCCGAACGAAGGCAGGACUUCUACGAGCGUAUUAAAGCCGACCCGACACAGUUCCUUCAAGUGCAUGGACGCAAAUGCAAAAUACACCUGGACGCUAGCGUCGCAACAGCUGCCGAGAAUCCUGCAAUCAUGAUGCCAUGGCAGGGCCAGAAGGACAAUCUGAUCGAUCGGUUUGAUGUGCGUGCACAUCUGGACUACAUACCGCCGGUGCCCCGCACCAACCCGGAUCAGCCCGACCCUCUCGAGGAUGAUGCGGACGAGCGUGCGAUGAAUUACGAACGAUACCGUGUGCUAGCACAGAACGAAUUUCUCGGCAUCGUCGAAGAAAAAUACCUCCAUCAACUAUACCUCGAGGAACAGUUCGGCGUAAAUGCACAGAUCGAGGCAGAAACGAAGGCUGCGGCCGCUGCGGCUAAAAAGAAGUCUUCCGCCGGUGCCGCUAUUGGCUACACGUACGAAGAGACGGAAACGGUGCCGGGUGGGUCAGGCACGUCGGGUCUCGGUUCCGGUGGCAUCGGAACGGGAAGUAGCGUACCGUUCGUCCAGUCUAUAACUGCCAUCGAAAAGGCCUCCGAAUCGUCGGCUUCGCUGGCGGGCACGAGCGGACCGACAACGGCUCGUUUCGACGAGUGCAUGAAGGACGAUUCCGACUCAGAUCUCGAUAUGGAUGUGUCGAUUGAUAUAAAUAAAAUCGGCACCAACCAAGCGCACGAACUGAACACCUGUGGACGGCAGUACGGAAUGAAGAGCAAUGAUUUCUAUUCCUUCCUGACGAAGGAUUCGGACGAGGCGGAAACGUUGCGAUUGGCGCGAGAGGAAGAGCAGGAGAAGAUUAUGUUCAGCGGUCGCAAGAGUCGUCGGGAGCGCCGGGCUCAGCGCGAGCGGAAAGUGGCUGGGCGGCCACUAAGCCCACCGAGCUAUGCAGCCAAAGAGGAGCUAGUGCCGCGCACGUUUGUCGAAGCGAACGAUAGUUCGCGCUCACCGUCGCCGGUAAACUCGGGCAAGAUAACGUACAUUACCUCGUUCGGUGGUGAGGAAGAGCUGCAACCGCACGGGAAGAUAUCGUUCGGCUUUUCGCGCGAAAUGAGCACGCUGGGAGGAAUUGCUGGAACGUCGAAGGCGGCACGAUUGCGCUCGGGAGCUGCUGGUGCCGGCGCGGAAGCUACCGGUACGCUGAGCUACGCGGAUAAGGUGAAGCAAAAUCUGGAAAAGUUGAAAACGCAACAGUUGAAGGAGAGCGAUCGGAAGCCGCCGGUGCAGUAUCAACGAUCGGCGAUCAGUGGCGGUCGCGGAAGAAGUAGUAGAAGCAGCAGCAGCAGGAGCAGUAGCCGCAGCCGAGGCCGAAGUCGACGACGGCGCAGGAGUUCGAGCAGUAGCCGAAGUCGAAGUCGAAGUCGGGAUCGUAGUCGCAGCAGGAGCAGAAGACGUUUAAGAGGCACCGGAGCGGGCAGAAGUCGAUCGCGGUCGAGGAGCGGUGGUCGUGGUACAACACGCUCCACCUACUCACGGUAUCGACGGCGCUCGAAAACGAGAUCGCGUUCGCGGUCCCGAUCAAGGUCACGAUCGCGCACCCGCUCGAAGGCAUCUCGCUGGAGCCCGAGACGACGGUACGGUGCUGGGCAUUCGUCGUCCCGACGCAAGACCACACCGUCACGCUCUUCCUCGUCCUCCUCAUCAUCUACCUCAUCGUCGCGAUCACGCUCCAGAACGCCAGUUCGGCGUACUCAAGCGUCGCGAACAAAGCGCAGAUCGGGUGCCGAAUCGGACAGCGAUUCGUCGCGAGUCUCCAAAAAGCCACCAACCACUUCAACGACCGUGACGACGACGACGACGACGACAACUUCUGCCACAGCACAGGAAAAGCCAUCGCUCGUUGUGCCACACAUGCUUCUCGGUGCUCCGCCACCUCCACCACCUCCCUUACCGCUUCCUGCGGCAGUUGAAGCCACGGCGGACGAAAAGAAACCGAUUCCAGCACUUGCGCUGAUUGAACCUGAACCGGAGGUUCCCAUUAAACGGUACUACGGGCGAAGAAGGGGCGACGAAAGUUCCAGCGACGAAGCGAGCACAUCCGGCGAGGAUACGAAUGGGAACGACCGUAAACCGGCGAUCGUUGCCGCGUUGCAAGUGACCGACUCUGCUGCCCGCGCGGACGAUACGAUCGGCACGGGAAGCGUCAUUAAAUCCUCCUUCGACCUGAUGGUGCAGAUAAAGCAAGAGAAACUGGACCCAGUUGAUCCGGCCGGUGUGGGGCCGGCCGGUGGAAGCGCUAUCGGCGGCAGCAGCACAUCGUUAAGGUUUGGUAAAACGAUCACUGGUGGCAUCAGCGCUCCCGAAUCCAAAGUCGUCGGUACCGGGUCGGCUAGCUCCACUACUGCGACGGUCAGCACCGGGCUAUCGUCGAAGUCGGUUAACCCUCGCGAUCGUCUCAAGCGCAAGAUGCAGAUCCUGCUGAACAAACAAUACAAAGCGGACAAGAAGGCUGAAAUCGAGAAAGUGGAGCGUCAGAUACAGCAGCAGCAGGAACGUGACGAUGAGAUGCGCGAGCUGGCACUGAAGCUGAGGCGCCGGCAACGUGAGCUGCGUCACAAGUACGGCACACCGGAGAGCGAGCACAGCAAAUCGCACAGCUCGGACGAGCACAGCACGGACGAGGGUGAGGAGGCGGGCGGCAAGCCAACGCAACCGUCCCAACAACAGCCACCGCACCGUCAGCCACCGGGAGACGAUGGGUCCAGCUCACCCCGAAGGCUCCCGUUAUUAGUUCCUCCCGUAGCGUCGGUUCCGCCGCCGAACCGAAUGGCACUGCAUACGCGCCCACCACCAACACUACCGGCCGGUGGUGGUCCUCCGACGAGUGCCGGUGGUGGACCAGGCUACCGGAAUAGUAGUAGUGCGGUGAUCGAGCGUAAACCGGUCCUGCGCAGUGCGUCUAAUUUCAGCGCACAAUCCGUUGACCAUACGGGGCAGAGUUCGUACGGUGGCGAUACCGGGCGUUUGCGACGACGCGAAUCUCCCGCACCGAACGUUGCCAGUUCCUCAGCGAGAGGGUACGGUGCGGGUGCGGGUGGUAGUUCCCCAUCGAUGAACCUUCGUCGUGGCGUUGCAGCAGGCAGCCGGUUUGAUGAUCGCAAUCGUGCUAGACGAUCGCCACCAUCAUCGCGAUACGAUCGACCACGAUCGAAAUCGAGGGAACGCUUGGCCUCUCGGGAAGCGGGACAAAGUGCUUCCGGGGGUGGUGCUAGGGGCCGUCGAGCGACGGAUUACGGCCGAACGAGGGGAGACUAUGAACGUUAUCAGAGCAGUUACGGUGGUGGUGGAAGUGGACAAGGCCAACAAUCCAGUUACUCUGGUGGGAGUAGUGGCAGUCGCUAUCGUGGUCGCAGAUCACGCUCCGGAUCACGCGGCCGUCGAUCCCGGUCGUCCGAACGGCCGACGACGCGUGGGAACGGUGGCAGCAGCACGGUGACUUCCAGCCGGCAGUCAACCCGUUCUCCGAAGCCGAUCAAAAAGUUGGUAGACUACUGACAUCUGGCUUUCCGCUCUUUGGCGGACCUGUUAAAGGUUUGGCCUGUUGUUUUUUUCUUUAUGUGUUCCCGGUUUUUCUUUUCCGUUCCUAUUACUUACAAAUCUCGUACCGUCUUACCUCAGCAUUAUCGUACGCAUGGGUGUGUCGAACUAGCUAUCGGGGUUUCUCCUCUACGACCGAAGCAUCGAAGCGCCUACUUUGAUGCGAUCGGUCGUACUUGUUGCUCUUCUAUGCUAGGACCUUUACAGCCUCCGCUUUGGCUUAAGGUGCGAGGCGAGCCCUGUUGUUAGGCGCCAUGUUUAUCAACUACAGUAAGAAUUUCCCAACUACUCUCUUUAGAACAGUUCACUAUUAAGACUUGUAUCACUUGAUACGCCAAUGUACGAUUGUUAUCACAUCAACCACGCAUUAUCCACACCUCUAAAUACAACAUAAACACCUCGUUUUUACAUGAA